UAUAUAGGGGUCCUCUCUGACCAGCCUUAUCAGACGACUGCUCUGUGCAACAGCAAGCAUACUGUGCAAGAAACCAUUUUGAAUUUGGAUGGGAAAAGUUCACGACAGGCGCCAAAAAGAGGAGAAUAAAAGCUAACAGAGGGGGAUUGGGACAUAGUGAGGUGAAGCAAAGGAUUUGCUUGCACUAUACAAAGUGAGUAACAGCAGGGACCAUUCCAGUUGGAAACUAAAAGGAUAAGAGACAAGAGAGGAGAGGACAAAAAGGACACACAGCAAAGGAUACUGCUCUUUUACUGGAUUGGAGCAUUCUCUUGGAUUUCUCACUUCCCUCCUCCUGGGCUGACAGCAGAGGAGGAGGCAGAGCCACAGCCACUGCAGUGAUGAAGUUCAACUACCAUGUACCGGUGUCAACGUACACACGCACCUCACAGUACACACCAACAUACCACACACCUACCUAUUACACCCCCUCACAUUACACACCAACGCACCACACGUCCACAUAUGCUUCUACAACAAAAUACACCCCGACACAGUACAGCACAACACAUUACACUCCAUCACACUACACGUCCACUUACAAAUCUGCAUCAACAUACGUUCCUUCAUAUAGCAAAGGGUCACGGUACAGUUCAACACAUCGCACACAAGCACAGGAGAAGCCUGCGCCUGCUAUACCGGUCGCACCUGCUAAAAGAACUGUGCACUUCCCCAAUGACAUCAUCUUCCAGGAUAUUGUAAGACGAGGAGAUUUGGAGCAAAUUGGUCGGUUCAUGAGAGCGAGGAAAGUUCGUGUGGAUACAAUCUUUCACUCAGGUAUGGCAGCACUACAUGAGGCUGUGCUAACAGGAAACCUGGACGUGGUGAAGCUGCUGGUGAAAUAUGGCGCUGAUGUUCACCAGAGGGACGAAGAUGGCUGGACGCCACUUCACAUGGCCUGCAGCGAUGGCUACCCAGAAAUUGCAAGAUAUCUGCUGUCGAUGGGAGCCAACACAGAGGCAGAGAAUGAAAGCGGAGAGAAACCUGUGGACCUCAUCGACCCAGACUGCAAAGAGCUGGCCAAAUUGUUUGAGACUGGCUGUGUGUGACCAGACACUAUAUGGACCCAAGAGACAACAGCAAGAGAGAAGACAGAGAGAAGAGCCGCCUCUUGGAAAAGAUUUUUUUUAAAAAACAGUACACAGGGUGGAGGAACAUAGCUCAGGCCAUGUCACUCAUCCUGUAAAGGAAGACAGUGGGUCUGUUUGUUGGUUUCAAAAGUGUAGCACAAAUUUUUAUUAUAGCCAUGAAGCAAUACUCCUUUUCUGGUGGUUUCUGUAAUAUUUUGUUUUAUUUUACUUUAUUUUGUGCAUUUGUGUAUUUGCCAUACCGCCCGUGUCUACUCUGCAAAUAUCACAACUCAUGUAACAUAAUGCCAACUAUGUGUCACUGAACUGAAAUGUCAUCCUUACUUCAUAUGUACAGUCCUUUCUGAGGAAAAUUAGAUUCAUUUCUAUCCUCAUGAAUAUUUAUUUUUGAGUAGCUGGCAGCCUGUAUUAUUUCCAGACUAUGGACACACUGUAUACUGAAUUUUCAACACACAAUUUGGGCCGAGAUGUUUGUGUCUUAUACAAAGAGUUAUGUAUCCUCACUGCUGGGCAGAAAGAGGAUCAUCCAAAUUAAUAAUUGAUACUGCACUGAUAGGCCAGAAGAACAUUGAGUUUAUGCUGUACAAGCACUUCUACUGUUGCAGUAUUUCCUCCCUUAUGUAUUGCUUUUAUUUUUUUUCUGUAGUAGAAAUGCGAAUAUCAGCGAUGAAAGUCUUAUAAUUUUCUCUUCAACAAUUAUUUUUGUACAUUUUCAUAAAUAAAGAAACCUUUUAUAAAUAUGA